UGUCCUCAGACGUUCAGAGAGAGAGAAAAAAGAAGAUAUAGUGGGCCGGCCGCUGGAGGAAAGUGUGCGUGAGGGGGUAUUGUGAUUCCCUGGGAGUGAAGGGCAGGACACGCGAGCACAGUCACUUUAUUGUUCGGGUCCAGUAACCUGGCAUUUAACCGGUGCAUUUCAGUGAUUUCUCCACCAACAGUCUUUACUCGCAUCCCAUGGGCUCAGAAAUAGUGUGCCUUUGAAAUCCAUUUGUAACAGUCUAUAAUGUUCAAGAAGAGCAAGAGCAAAGUUCUGGUGGAUGAAGCGUCAGAGGAGGACGAUGUGUCGUGGCAUCAUGGGCACGCCAGAAAGGAUAAAGACUCUGAGGGAACAAAGGAAGUUCUGAGCCCCUCAGCAAAGGAUUCUAAGUUAAAGAAGGUUAAAUCAAAGCGAGAAAAAGGAGACAAGAAAUUGUAUCCUUCUCAAGAUGAUGAAGAGAUCUUGCUAACAGGAGUCACUGUCUCUCACAGAAGAGGGUCUGCUAAGAAAAUCUGGGAGGAAGAAAAGAGUAAACCGCACUCAGAAAAAGACAAAGCACACUGUCUGUGGGACAGCAUCACCAUGACGAUGAAGCAAAUCACACCUACGAGGAAGAUUGAUAAAAUUGAGGGCUGGGAACCUCCCCAGCUAAACGACAAAACACAAGAGGAAAAGAGUGAGUUGGAGAGAAAAAAAAGCGACUCCUCGCCUCUUUCCUCCCCUCUGUCUCUGUCUUUACCACAAUCUCUGGGUUUGCCAUCCUGGGUUGGGUUGGGUUUGGAGGAGGACUCAUCUCGCUAUGCUAGUCUGACUGAGUCACAGACAGGAGGCCCCGCCCAGUGGGCGGCUCGCGCCCGCGACAAGUUGGCCGCCGUCCGUCGCCGAAGUCCAGCCAACUUAUCAGAGAGUUCUUGGGAGGGGCUUAAGUGAUUUCAUUAUUGGGCAUCCCUCAGUGUAUGGAAGAAAUGUGUUUGUGAAGAUUGAACCCACCCCCCAUGGAAGACAACUCCUUAAUUUGCACCCACUGCCCACCGAUGUGAAGAAGAUGAAGAUUAGGACCCUCAGACCGAGAGUGCCUGCUUUUAAGAGCCCGAUUGAUUAAUCUUAAUUUUUCCAUUUUAUUGAAGCUCCUUCAAGUAAAUCACUGGAUGUACUACAGACUUUAUCGCACAAUUGCACCCUAUUGGUGACCAAUGGUAUUGACCAAUGACCAUGAUCUAUUAUAAAUUAUUUUUAAAUGACACCUUUGGUCUUUGGACACUUAAAUCCACAUUUUAUGCCAGCAGCCAAUUAGCCUUAUCACUUCAAUAUAAUGCCAUUUCAAGUGCCAAUAUUUUAGGCAGCACUACACACAGUCACAGACAGAAGACGUAUUGUGUCUCAAUCUCCAUUAUAACUCUUGAUGUGAUCUUUUUUGUUUGUAUAUAAAGGUUUUAAGCCUUAGAUUCAGUUGUGUUAUGUGUUAAUUUAUUCUGGUAUGUUGUUAAUGAGUGAACGUGAAAUUAUGUAGAAAUGCCUUUCACUAUCUUAAAGGAAUGUUCCAGGUUCAAUUCAAAUUAAGCUCAAUCAAUAGCAUUUGUAGCAUAUUGUUGAAUAAUACCACAUAAAAUAAUUUAGACUCGUCCCUUGUUUAUUAAAAUAAAUUGCAGACUGUUAUUCUAUGAAAAUGAGCUAGAUGGACGGCUUUCGCUGUCUCCUUGUUUAUAUCACUGUUUCAAUAAGCUCCUCCCUCGAACAUGGAUGGGGUGAAUAUGGUGGUGGACACUGCGAAUGGUGCCCCCUGGGAGUUUUGGGCCCCUGGGCUUUAGCCCAUGCAUUAAUGUGCCCCUGGUGAAUAGGGCAAGUCCAUUAAUAUACAAAGUUUCCAAAGUAAAGCAACAAGACCUUAACAUUACACAUUAACAUGAUAUUAGUUAUGUAGUUAAUGAAAACUGUAACUUUACACAGAUAAGUAUUUUAUAUAUAUAUUGUAUACUAUUUUAACACACUAAAAUCAUGUUAACACAUACAGUGAGGAAAAUAAGUAUUUGAACACCCUGCUAUUUUGCAAGUUCUCCCACUUGGAAAUCAUGGAGGGUUCUGAAAUU